AUGCAACGCACUUUAGCAUUGGCAAUACGCCGCCCAUUUUGCACCGCAGCUGUCUCCGCGACGAGGCGAGCCGCCACGGAGACGUGGCACGCCUUGCAGGACAUCGACUGGGUCGACCGUGAGUCGGACACACAAGAACUCCUCGUCGAGCAGGCCGCUAGACAGGUCGAGGCGUAUCGAAACGAGUAUGAUGCAGCAAAUGUCGCCGAGGGUGAAGGCAAGGCGACGUAUGACCAGAUGGAGGCGCUGUAUCAACUGAAGGAGGCCGCAGGGAUCGUCGAUAGCUACGCCGAAUUUAUCAACCAGCUCAUACGAAAGCAUGAAGACAUGGUCGGUGCGAUGGGAAACAACACGACAAACAUGCCCGAGGGCGGCGCCGAAGAAACCUCGCAAACUAUUCGCGAGUAUGUCGAUUUCGUCAACGGGCUUGAAAACAAGGAGGUAAAGAAAAAGGUUAAGGACGAGCUCGGCGGAAAGAUCGUCGUACUGAAGAUGGUCCUGUCGGCAGAGAACUUUUCAGUCAAGUUUAGUCCUGUUGCGGGGGGGGACUUCAUCACGGAUACGAAAAAGUGAAAACGGCGAACGCCUCAUUAGAAGGUGGGGGAUUAUGGCACACACGCUUUAGCCAGUCUGCUUGACUCAUGUUCCGUCGUUAGGGAACACAAUGUCAUGAUAUACGCGUGGGACUUUAGUCAACCAUUUUGAAAAUCAUCCUAGCAUUUCACCGCCCGUCCUCGAUGCCAGACAACAGGCCUGCCAUGUCACUUGCCCAAACAUUGUUUGACUGCGAAAUAAACAAGAUCUCAGCCAGUCCAGUCAGU